UUUUUUUUUUUUUAGGGAGAGGGCUACAACUCCUUAGGAUCUCCGUAAUGGUGCAAAUGCGAGAGUGAUUCACUCCCGCAACAUUUGCGCUCAUUCUAAACAUUUCCUGACUUUCUUUACGUAAAUAAAAUGAUAUUCUAUAUAUGUUUCUUAGUCAAUAUAUAAAUUUACAACCUGCAACUUAAGAUUUGUGAGGUUCUAUUCUACCGUUUUCAACAAUUUCGAUAAAUUCCAAUUUCUCCAUUCAUAUUUGUGCGCCAUGUUUGAUGUACUGAAGUUUCAACUUCCGAUUGUCAAGUCAUUUGCAUAUGCCAUAUAAGGUAGUAUUUACAUCAAUGGACAAGUAUGGAGGCGAAAGCUAUUUCGUCGGUAUUGAAAAGGUUUGAAUUUAAUAUCAAAUUAAAAACCGAACAGCAGAGUGUAAAUUCUUUCUGCAACAAGAUGAUUUUCCUUUCUUUGUCGAAGUGGCUCGAGUAACAACAUUUUCGCGUUGAUUGUCCAUGGGCGCACUUGUUUCAUAAGCCGGGUCAAGCCGGUUGGUACUUCCGGAAGCGGGUAAGUCACUUGUUUCAAAUAUUUUUGAGCCGCCGGGCGAUCAGAAAGUAGCCCGGAUUGCCCGAAAAAAUACGAGCGGGCACAUGGAAAACAAAAUGGCCGAAAACGGAGAUGGAUGUUGAAAGACGACUAGAUCGCUGGACUUGUUGUAUUUGUCACCAAAGAGCUCCACUCCAUUCUCUAGCAUCAUUAGAAGCACAAGAAAAUUCCAAAAAAAAACGAAAUCUAUAUAGACGGAGAUUACAGAAUCUACCUGCGUUGUCCAGAGUGUAGUUUUUGCUUUCAUGCCAGUUGUGCCGAAUACGAACUUGAACUCUUCCUAACCAGGGAACUCGCUGGAACAUUGUGUGAAAAGUGUGCAUGUGCAAAAAACUAAGAUGUCUACAUCAAAGGUUAUAUCUGUUACUGUCACAAGAAAUGGUGUUGCUACUAAAAUUUCAACUCGAGAAGUUGCAAAUAUGCUGAUGUCCAAGGAAAUAGAUUCAAAGGUAAAAGAAAUUAUCGUAAAUGAACUCCUAUCUCCACCCACACUGUCAUCUGCAAGACAGUCACCACCAUUGCCUGGUCCUUCAGCACCACCAUUGCCUGGUCCUUCAGCACCACCAUUGCCAGGUCCUUCAGCAGUACAGGAGGAAGAUACAAAUGCAACGUGGGAUGUGCAGAGCAUAAAACUGCUGAAGAGGGUCUUUCAUGAAAUAGAGAGCUCUUCAAAAUUGGUCAAAAAUAAAUGGCAAAGGGUGGCCAGUGAUGUGAACAAAGAAGGAUACCAUUUCUCAGCAGAACAGUGCAGACUCAAAAUAAAGGGUCUGAAAUCAAAAUAUGAUCGACAAAAGAAAAAAAAUAACACUUCUGGCGAGUCACCAGCUUCUGAUGAAGAUGAGGAUGAUUUUGAUGUUUUUGAAAAAAUCCCGGAUAUGAAACCCAAAGCAGUCCUGGAUUCAGGAAAUUCAAGAAAAAGGUCACCUGCUGAUGAUUCGUCAUCUGAUGAAAUAGAGCCUGUACCAGUGAAAAAGAAAGUCCCACCUAAAAGAUCAGCAGAGAUUUUGCAAGUGAUGUUAAAAGACCUAAUGGAAAGAAGAGAAGAAAAGGCAGAACAACGACACCAGGAAAAGCUUGCCACUGCCAACUCUCUCAUAGAAGUUUUGAAAGAGUUGGCAAAGAAAUGAUAUUACUGAGAUUUACUUUAAUAAGUUAAUGUACAGUAACUACAGACAGUAGAAAACUUUAUUCUUUUUUACCUGCUUUGGGUUUCAUAUCCGGGAUUUUUUACCUUAAGGUUUCAAUCACUUAUGAAGUCUUAUAAUUUUGUAUCUCAAAUUAAGUUUCGGAACAAUGUUUUGACUCUAUUUUUAGGUCACCCGAGUAAACUCGGGUCAUUUGUUGCAAUUGGUCUGUGUCCGUGUUGAUCCAUGGAAAUGUUUGUAUUGUUACCUGAUUAGAGGCAAUUGCAUACAUAUACACGAGCCUUACAAAAUAAAUCUUUAUCAUACCCAUAUCAGGAUGAUAUGGAAUCAGUUAUUUUUUCUUAUGUUGAUGACUAUUUUUGUUUAUGUUGAUAACAUUUUUUUUCUGUUGAUAAUUUUUGUUCUUGUUGAUGAAUACAAUAAAUGAUAAAAAAAAAUGUU